AUGGAGAGGAGUAUAUUGCAUGAAUUUUUGAAAAAUGUGAAUUUUGAAGAUCCCAAUUGUCGAGACACCAUUGAAAAGUAGGUUUUUUCCCCGAGAAAAAAUGAAUAAAAACAAAAUUUUAGCUUUGUGAUGGAAAAAAUUGGCAUAAAAUCAAGAAAAAACACAUUUUUCUCGAUUGGCGAAGAUGAAAACGAAGAGCCAGAUGAUGUUCAAACCAGAGACAUUGGAACACAAUCAGAUUUCGAAGAGAAAAUCGAUAUUUCGCCAGGGGAACGAAGUUAUGAUGAUGUGAAGCGAGAAUGGGAGCAAGGGAAGAAAGUGACGCCUGGAGAAGCGCUUAGACUUUUGAAGCAAGGCGAAGUGAAGCAGCGGGAAUUGGAAAAUCGAUUUGAUUUUGGGUUUGAGAAAGCUAUAGCGGUGAGACGAGCAUUUUUGCGAAGAAAUUUGGAGGAUUUACCAUUUAGAGGAUACGAUUAUAAAUAUGUGAGCUUUUUUUCACAAUUUUCUAAGCAAAAUUUGAUAAUUUCUCAUUAAGGUGGUCAAUUCUUGUUGUGAAAAUGUAAUAGGUUAUAUUCCUGUGCCUGUUGGAAUUGCGGGACCUCUUUGUCUAAACGAUGAGAAGGAUAUUUAUGUGCCGAUGGCUACAACAGAAGGUGCACUUAUUGCAUCAACAAAUCGAGGAAUGAAUGCGAUUAAGGUGAAAUUUUACGAUUUUUCAUUAAAAAUGACCCAAAAUUCACGUUUUUUUGAUGAAAAUCCAUCAUUUUUAACCAAAAUUAUCGAUUUUUAGGCUUCUAAUGGUGUUCAAUCAACUGUUUAUAAUUGUGGGAUGACUAGAGCACCUGUAGUGAAAUUUCCAACCGCUAGAGAUGCGAUGUGAGUUUUUUCCACUUUAAAAUUCAAAAUUUUCCCCUUUCCUUCAGAAAUCUCAAAAUGUGGCUGGAAAUCGCUGAAAAUUUGCAACAUGUCAGAACCGAAUUUGAAAGUUGUAGUCGAUUUGCGCGUCUCAAGAAUCUCGAAGUGAUAAUUGAUGGGAAUUUGGUGUUUUUGAGAUUUGUUGCGUUUACUGGAGAUGCGAUGGGCAUGAAUAUGGUGUCGAAGUGAGUUGGAAUUGUGGAGCAUCGUUUGAACUACAAUACUCCGCGUUUACACGGUGAAAAAUGAUGAAUUUUGAGCUAGAAAUCAUCGAAAAUGACUGCGUAAUCGUGGAGUAUCGUUUAAAAUGGAUUUUUCAAUUUUAAACGAUGCUCCGCGCUAACGUGGUCAUUUUUCAUGAUUUAUGACUCAAAAUUCAUCAUUUUUCACCGUGUAAACGCGGAGUAUUGUAGUUUCAAACGAUACUCCACGUUUACGGGGUCAUUUUCUAUGAAUUUUGGCUCAAAAUCAUCGAAUUUUCUGUUUCAGAAGCUGUUCGCAAGCGAUUCGAUACAUUUCCGAACAAUUUCCCGAAAUGCAAGUCGUCUCAUUGAGCGGAAAUUAUUGUGUGGAUAAAAAAGCGGCGGCUGUGAAUUGGUGAGAUUUUUUCCGGAUUUUUUGCUAAAAAUUCACCUGAAUUUCUAGAAAAAUCACGAAUUUUGACCCUAAAAUCGAAAAAAAACCACGAUUUUUAAAGGUACAUACCGUAUUUUUGCAUCGUUUCAGGACUCAAGGUCGAGGUAGAUCAGUGGUUGCCGAAUGUGUGCUGCCAGCGAAUGUUGUGUCGAAAAUCUUGAAGACCACACCGAUAGAUAUGGCAAAUGCAGCAAAUGUGAGUGAAAACUACGACACUCCGCGUUUACGCCAUGAAAAAUAAUCAAUUCUGAAGAUUUCUAACGAUGCUACGCGUUUACACCGUCAAAAUCCAUCAAAAAUGCAUAAUUUUUGACCCCGUAAACGUGGAGCCUCGUAGUUUUUCCGAAUUUUUCCAGGCCAAACUUCAAAUCGGAAGUUCUAGAGCUGGUUGUAUCGGAGGAUCAAAUGCUCAUGCUGCCAAUAUUGUUGCUGCUGUUUUUAUAGCUACAGGACAGGUAAAUCUUGGAUUUUUGCUGAAAAUCUUGAAUUAUAGCUGAAAAUCUUGAAUUUUAGCUGAAAAUCUCGAAUUUUAGCUGAAAAUUUUGAAUUAUAGCUGAAAAUCUCGAAUUUCAAGCUAAAAUCUCGAGUUUUUGCUGAAAAUCUUGAAUUUUUGCUGAAAAUGUUGAAUUAUAGCUGAAAAUCUUGAAUUUUAGCUGAAAAUCUCGAAUUUUAGCUGAAAAUUUUGAAUUAUAGCUGAAAAUCUCGAAUUUCAAGCUAAAAUCUCGAGUUUUUGCUGAAAAUCUUGAAUUUUUGCUGAAAAUCUUGAAUUAUAGCUGAAAAUCUUGAAUUUUAGCUGAAAAUCUCGAAUUUUAGCUGAAAAUUUUGAAUUAUAGCUGAAAAUCUCGAAUUUCAAGCUAAAAUCUCGAGUUUUUGCUGAAAAUCUUGAAUUUUUGCUGAAAAUCUUGAAUUAUAGCUGAAAAUCUUGAAUUUUAGCUGAAAAUCUCGAAUUUUAGCUGAAAAUUUUGAAUUAUAGCUGAAAAUCUCGAAUUUCAAGCUAAAAUCUCGAGUUUUUGCUGAAAAUCUUGAAUUUUUGCUGAAAAUCUUGAAUUAUAGCUGAAAAUCUUGAAUUUUAGCUGAAAAUCUCGAAUUUUAGCUGAAAAUUUUGAAUUCUAGCUGAAAAUCUCGAAUUUCAAGCUAAAAUCUCGAGUUUUUGCUGAAAAUCUUGAAUUUUUGCUGAAAAUCUUGAAUUUUAGCUGAAAAUCUUGAAUUUUUGCUGAAAAUCUUGAAUUUUUGCUGAAAAUCUCGAAUUUUAAGCCAAAAAACCCCCAAUUUUCUCACAGGAUCCAGCCCAAGUAGUGUCAUCUUCAAUGUGUUCAACAAGAAUGGAAGUCACUCCCGAAGGAUCACUUUAUGUGUCUUGUACAAUGACGUGUAUGGAAGUUGGAACAGUUGGCGGUGGAACUAUUUUGCCACCACAGAAAGCGUGUCUUCAGGUGAGCAUUUUGGGGAAUUUUGAGCCAAAAAUCAUGAAAAAUGGCUAAAAAUGAGCGAAAAAAUCGAUAAUUUUAGAGCCUGAAUUGUGCUGGACCAAACUACGAGAAGCCUGGCAGAAAUUCGGAAAAAUUAUGUGAAAUCAUUGCGGCCACAGUUUUGGCGGGCGAAUUGUCGUUGAUGGCGGCGUUGGUGACGAAUGAUUUGGUGGCGAGUCAUAUGAAAUUGAAUCGGUGAGUCGAAAACAACGAUGCUCCGCGUUUACGCGAUCAAAAUUGGUCGAAUUUGACGGUGUAAACGCGGAGCAUCGUAAUUUUUUUUCCAAAAUUUUUUUUCCAGCUCAAAACUCCAACUCUACGCUCAAUCACCCCCGACAAAAUCGAAAAUCGAAGAGCAAAUCGAAAAUGCGACGAAAAACAUGCAGAAAAGUGUGAAAUUGUCGGCGAAAAGAGUGGUACCUCAGGAAAUGGUUCAAUGUUCGAAUAUUUUAUAA